AUGACCAGCAAGCACCUCCUGCUUGAUCCUUCCGACACGCGACCGGCUUCGACGCGACAGACCUCCCCCACGACACGUUUCCGGCCUUCCGGGGGGCUCGUGGACCACGACUCAGAACAGCAUGCCGUUCUGACUUUUAUUGGCACAGCGACCACUCUCCUACAAUAUGGGCCCCUGACGAUACUCACCGAUCCCAACUUUCUCCAUGCUGGAGACCACGUCCAUCUCGGACCUGGGGUCACUGCGACGCGAACGACUAAACCCUCUAUGGACCUUGAUCACUUACCCCACAUCGACCUUGUGCUUCUCAGUCACUAUCAUGAAGAUCACUUUGACAAGCAAGUGGAAGAUGCUUUAAGGAGGGAUAUCCCGAUCAUCACCACUCCCCAUGCCAAAUCUUGUCUUGUCGACAAUCGGGCAGAGGUUGAGAGGUUCUCUAGUGUCCUGGAGCUGGAUACAUGGGACACGGCCCGAGUGAACGUCAAAGACAACGACAUGCAUGUCGAAAUCACAGCUGCGCCUGGGAAACACGUUCCUCCUGGAGCCCUCGAAAAGAUCAAUGACAUGCUCGGCGCGGUUCCACCAGUGAACGGCUGGGUCAUCGAACUCUCAUCAUCCGCCGCGACUACCGACCUCGUCCGAAUCUACAUCACUGGAGACACGCUUCUCAUCGAUGAUCUGGUGCAGAUCCCAGAGCGAUACUCCAAAGCUGGCAGACCAAUUCAUCUGAUGUUAGCGCACUUGGGAGGCACCACCAUCCCAUCGCCCCGUCUUCCCAUGCUCAUGGUAACGAUGGACGCCAAGAUGGGCGUAGACUUGAUCAAGCUAGUAGAUCCUGAUAUCACAAUUCCCAUUCACUUUGACGAUUAUGACGUCUUUGCUAGUCCACUGGACGACUUUAGGAUCGAGGUGGAGAAGGCUGGCUUGAAGGACCGUGUAGUCUUUCUGGGACGAGGAGAAACAUACAGCGUCAGGGCUACUCAGCGGCCUGUCUCUGUAUAA